AUGUUUUCAAGGAGAAUAGCCGCCGCCACCCGGAUGGCUCCUUCGUUUUUGAUUCGCGAUGUUCGGCCAAACCCCCUGAUAUUGUUGCCCUCUAUGCUGCAAAAUGGGCGAACAUACGCCGACAAAAUGAUCAAGGUGCCACAGAUGGCAGAGUCUAUAUCAGAGGGAACUUUGAAGCAAUUCCUAAAAGGUAUUGGCGAUUUUGUGGAGCAAGACGAAGAGAUUGCCACAAUUGAGACGGACAAGAUCGACGUUUCCAUAAAUGCUCCAGAGUCUGGGACGAUCAAGGAGUUAUUCGCAAGCGAAGAAGACACCGUCACCGUUGGUCAGAAUCUUGUUCGCAUUGAACUCGGCAAGGUAUCGGCAGCUAGCAGCAAAGAUGAGCCAGUCCCACAAAAAGAUGAAGGCAAAGAUAAACCGAAUAGGGAGACGAAUCAAAUUUUAAAACCAGCUAAAAGCGUCUCCGAACCCGAUCAGAAGGAGACAAAAUUGACCCGCGAGGCCACAAAAGCUGAAAACCCAACUAUCACUAAACCGAAGCCGACAGAGAAUCCUUCUCAGGUAUCAACGUCUGCCGUCGGCAAGCGUGAAGAACGUCGAGUGAAAAUGAACCGAAUGCGUCUCCGUAUCGCCGAACGUCUCAAACAAUCGCAGAACACUGCUGCCUCGCUAACGACAUUCAAUGAAGUAGACAUGUCUAAUAUCAUGGAAUUUCGUAAGCUUUAUAAGGAUAGCGUCUUGAAAAAAACUGGCGUGAAACUCGGCUUCAUGAGUGCCUUUUCUCGGGCUGCUGUUCUAGCAAUGCGAGAUAUUCCUGCCGUUAAUGCUUCAAUCGAGGGUCCCAAUGGCGGAGACACUAUUGUCUAUCGAGACUACGUUGAUAUCUCCGUGGCGGUUGCCACGGAGAAGGGACUAGUAACACCAGUGGUGCGCAACGUGGAGUCCAUGGAUAUCAUAACCAUUGAACGUUCUAUUGCCGACAUGGGCAAGAAGGCUCGUGAUGGUAAACUCACAAUAGAAGACAUGGCCGGUGGAACUUUUACUAUAAGUAAUGGCGGCGUUUUUGGUUCAUUGAUGGGAACGCCUAUUAUCAACUUACCACAGAGCGCCGUACUAGGUCUUCAUGCCAUAAAAGAUCGUGUAGUCGCUAUAAAUGGUAAGGUUGAAAUCCGGCCAAUGAUGUAUCUUGCAUUAACCUACGAUCACCGUUUAUUGGAUGGCAGAGAAGCAGUACAGUUUCUUGUCAAAGUCAAGGAAUAUAUUGAGGACCCCAGAUGCAUGUUAUUGUAA